GGGACGUGGGCGUGGCCGCGGCUUCCAUGCGUCCCGCCCCCGGUCGCGCGCUGAUUGGCCGCGGGCGCCAACCGUCGGUAUUUGAAUCCGCGGCGGGCGGACGGUCUCCCGGACUCGGCGCCUCCCGCUCCCUGGGCUUCGCGUGGCCGCCGGCAGAAUGAGUCUGCAGAUCUGCAACGAUGAAAACGUCACUGGUGACAAAAGUACAGAAAACCAUGAGUUCCUGUUUUCACCACCGGAACUUACUGGAAGACUAUCUGUUCUUCGUCUGUCACAAAAAGAAAAUGUGCCACCCAAGAGCGUAGUCAAAGCUAUGAAAGUGACUUUUCAGACUCCUCUUCGGGACCCACAGACACAUCGGAUAUUAAGUCCUGGCAUGAGCAGCAAGCUCGAGGCUCCUUUUGCUCUGGAGGAUGCUUUUGGGUUAGAAAACUCUCCUCAAAACCGGAUCCAGAAAGAGAAUCAACAGCUUACAAAGGAGGUUGACCUCAAAAUGACCAAUGGAAUUCUCCAGAAACCAAUGAUGACCAAUGCCAACCCCCCUCCUGGGGAUGUGAGAGCAGUCUCUGAAGAUAGGCGGCAUUCCAGUGGGCCCACCUCCACUCACCUGGCCAGCCUGGAUCCCUCAAGCUCUCCCCAGAUGCCAGAAAGUCUUGAAAAUCAAGUGGCUUCUCUAGGACAAACGUCUGUGAGCCCUGAGCAAGCCUUGGAGGAAAGUGUUCGUUCUUAUUUCUUAGAGAAAAGUAUUAUAUCCACCUCUGAAAUCCUAGAAGACUCUUCCCAGAUGGCUCCCCAAGACAGAACAGAAGACCCUCACAGAGCUGCCAGAGAAAAUUCAAACCAGGUCCCUGCAUCCUCAUCCGGGGCUACUUGGCCACCUGGCACUCAGCCUACAGAAGCAUGUGCAGAAGGACCCUUCGCAGACCUGCCUGGCAAGGCCCCAGCCAGCCCUGAGGACCCCUUUGGUCCUAGGAACACCAUCCUGGCCAGCCCUCUGAAGGCUAGAGGGGCCCCAUCCCCAAGUCCUCAGAAGGAAGAAGCUGAUGACCAAAGGGUCAGCUCGUGGAGCAACAGACCUAUAAGGCUAGAAUUUGAUUUCUCUGACAAUGCCACCAGCAAAAGGGAACUGGGGGAGAGACCCAGCCUUAAACCUCCUUCCGGGGUAUCAGAGGCCAGACAGGAAAAUGCACCCAAGGAGGCGGAUGAGGAGCCCAUUCCUCUUCUCCGGGGGUCUUACAACCUGGACUGGAACAAGCUGGAUGACCCAGACUUUAACCCGUUUGAAGGUGGAAGAGAGGCCCAGCCCCCAGAAAGCCCCCAGAGCAGGCCAGCUGGACCUAUGGCCAAGAAGUUGCAUGCUGGUCCCGAGGCCACAGGGUACUCCCCUCUGAGCCAGCAGGUGCCUACAGCCUCGGCAGAGGACGCACAUGAGGUGCAGACGGCGGCAGGGACCCCAGGCACGGUGGGUGAGGAGGGAGCAGCAGAGCGCGCAGGGGCAUCCGCUCCAGCAGGCAGCCUGGGAGGUCCUCCACAGGACCCGGAGCCAGCCUCAGACCCCAAGGAGGAGUGCUUCCGAGACCCCACUGAGGUCCUAGGCACGGGAGCUGAGGUGGACUACCUGGAACAGUUCGGGAGUUCCUUGUUCAAGGAGUCAGCCCUGAGGAAACAGUCCUUGUACCUCAAGUUUGACCCGCUCCUGAAGGACAGCCCUCGGAGACCAGUGCCUGUGGCACCGGAGACCAACAGCACACAGGACAGCACACAGGACAUGGCCGCACCUCCCUCAGGCAGCCCAACCGAGGCGAAGCUAGUGGAGUUGGAUUUCCUAGGAGCCCCAGAUGCUCCCGUGCUGGAUCCGCCUCCCUGUGUCUUCGGGCCUGGAGGCCCGCUGCUGCCCUUGGGCUCCAUCGUGGAUGUGCUGCAGUACACCCAGAAGGACAUGGAUGCAGCGGUGGAAGCCAUGAGAGAAGAGAACUCCUUGCUGAGGAGCAGGUGUGACACACUCCAUGCGAAGAAUCUGGAAAUGGGGAAGAUAAUGGACGGGUUUGAGGGGAUCGUGUAUCAGGCAAUGGAGGAGGCUCAGAAACAGAAGGAACUAGCAAAAGCUGAGAUCCAGAAGAUUCUAAAGGAAAAAGACCAGUUGGCUGCAGACCUGAGCUCCAUGGAAAAGUCUUUCUCUGACCUCUUCAAGCGGUUUGAGAAACAGAAGGAAGUGAUCGAGGGGUAUCACACGAAUGAAGAAUCUCUGAAGAAGUGUGUCGAGGAUUACAUAGUGAGGAUUGAGAAGGAGGGCCAGCGGUACCAGGCCCUGAAGGCCCAUGCAGAAGAGAAGCUCAAGCUGGCCAGUGAGGAGAUCGCCCAGGUGCGCAGCAAGGCCCAAGCGGAGGCCCUGGCCUUCCAGGCCAGCCUGAGGAAGGAGCAGAUGCGCAUCCAGUCACUGGAGAAGACAGUAGAGCAGAAGACUAAGGAAAAUGAAGAAUUAACCCGAAUCUGUGAUGACCUCAUUUCCAAGAUGGAGAAGAUCUGACCUGAAGCCCCUCCCCCCCUUUCUGUAUAUCUGUCUGUCUGUCUGGGGAAGGUUUUGUGUUCUUUCCUCUCACUUAACCUCUGGUUUUUAAACUAGACUACUUUAAGAAGAGUAAAUAAAGUUUCCCUUAGGUUCGCA